UGGGGUUUAUGUGGAAGAAUCUUCAGAAACGGCAUUCAAGCAAUGGGUCUUCAGAAACAGAAUUGAAUCUUUUCAUUGAUACACAUUAUGGUGCUCCCCUCCAAUCAGGUAGCUGAAUACUCAAGUUAUUUAAGCCUGCAUGGUAAUUUUCUCAGCAAAACCUUAAAUAUGCAUAUGGGAGCACUGGUGCCCUGCAGAAAAUAUCUUUUCAUAAUCGACUUGGUGUCACAGCAUUUCCAUCUCAAUAUUAACAACUUGCAUAAAAAUGUCUUGUUUGUGUGUAACGUUGUAGCUCAUGGUUUGUGAAGAAGGUACCGUUAACUCCCCUUUUAAACAGCAAUCUAGUUUGCGAUACCUUGUGCUUCUUGGGGACAGAAAACCGACCGAACUCAUGCGCCCAGUGUCUGGUUUUAGUCUCUCCCCUUCCUCCGCUUACGACUACUCCACAAAUUUUGGCAUGCGCAAAAUUUUGCUGAUAUUACGAUAUUAACCUGUGAAUGGAAUAUCCCGUUAGACGUGUCCACCAUUUGAGACCCACACGCAAGUGCAGUGAUUAUGCGCAUAAUUUUGCAUGGCGUGAUGUCAUCCAACACAGCCAAAGGCUUCUCAAUGAUGUCAUGGUAUUAUAUGGGCGAACGAAACAGACAUGGCGGCGAUGACGGAGUCCCUCAGCUUAGAAAGAGAUGUGUGCAGAGUGAUCGAGUUGCUGGACAGAUUGCAGAGAAGCGGCGAGCUUCCCCCACCAAAACUGCAAGCUCUACAGAGAGUCCUUCAGAGCAAGUUCUGUGCCGCCAUCCGAGAGGUGUACGAGCAGCUCUAUGACACCCUGGACAUUGUCGGAGGGCCUGAGGUUCGAGCCCAAGCUACUGCUAAGGCCACAGUCGCAGCCUUUGCCGCCAGCGAGGGCCACGCCCACCCGCGGGUGGUAGAGCUGCCGAAGACUGAGGAGGGGCUGGGCUUCAACAUCAUGGGGGGCAAAGAGCAGAACUCCCCCAUUUACAUCUCCAGGGUGAUCCCUGGGGGUGUGGCCGACCGGCAGGGGGGGCUGAAGCGCGGUGACCAGCUGCUGUCCGUCAACGGAGUGAGUGUAGAGGGGGAGCACCAUGAGAAGGCGGUGGAGCUGUUGAAGGCAGCUCAGGGCUCGGUGAAGCUGGUGGUGCGCUACACCCCCAAGGUGCUGGAGGAGAUGGAGGCGCGAAGCUGGAGAGCCUGCCAGAGCUAG